GCAGCUACGCGCACCGCCGCCUCAUCCGCCUCAAGGACACGCACGCCGGCGCCCGCUGGCUCCGCGGUAGUAUCACAUUAUUUGCUGUCCUUACCAUCAUCCUGGGAUGCCUUAAAAUUGGACACUUUAUUGGAUUUUCGGAAUGUUUGCCAGCCACCGAAGGAGUUUUCCCUGUCACACACGCGGUACACACUCUGUUGCAGGUAUAUUUUCUUUGGGGGCAUGCAAAGGAUAUUAUCCAGUCUUUCAAAACACUGGAAAGGUUUGGGCUGAUCCACUCAGUGUUCACCAACCUGCUUCUGUGGGCCAACAGUGUCCUGAAUGAGUCAAAGCAUCAACUUAAUGAGCACAAGGAACGACUCAUCACUCUGGGUUUUGUGAACAUAACAAUAGUUUUGGACGACCACACCCCGCAGUGUAACUGCUCACCCCCGGUGCUCUGCUCUGCCAUCUCCCAAGGCAUCUACUACCUCUACCCCUUCAACAUAGAGUACCAGAUCCUGGCCUCCAUGAUGCUCUACGUCCUGUGGAAAAACAUUGGGCGCCAGGUGGACAGCCACCAGCAUCAGAAGAUGCAGUUCAAGUUGAAUGGGGCCAUGGUGGGCGUGGGCCUGGGCCUGACCGUGCUGGCUGCCACGAUCGGGGUGAUGGUGGUGUACCUGAUUCGGAUCGGGCGCUCCAAAAACAAGAGCGAGUCCGUGCUCACCAUGUUCUACCUGUAUGCCAUCACCCUGCUGAUGCUCAUGGCAGCCGCGGGGCUCGUGGGAAUCUGGAUUUACAGGAUUGACAAGAAGGCCCUGGAUGAGUCCAAAAAUCCGGCCCGCAAACUGGACGUGGACCUCUUGGUGAGCACGGCCUCAGGCUCCUGGCUUAUCUCCUGGGGCUCGAUCUUGGCCGUCCUCUGUGCUGAGACUCACCCCCCAUUCACCUGGUACAACCUGCCCUACUCCAUCCUGGUGAUUGCUGAGAAAUACAUCCAGAACCUCUUCAUCAUCGAGUCUGUUCACCGAGAGCCAGAGAAGCUCUCCGAGGACAUCCGAAUGCUUCGGGUGGUCACGGUCUGCAAUGGCCACCCCACAUCUUUUGCUUCCUCCUGCCUCAAGAGCAGAGCUGUGCCCGGGGACGUGGCAACCCAGAGCGAGGACAUGCCACAUGUUGUCAGUGGAAGGAUGUGUCUGAGAGGAGGCUGUGGCCAAGAAGAGGAGGGGAGCAUCUGGGAAGGGGCCCCGGGCCCAGCCUGCUGUCCCUGUUUCUGGCAGGGCAAUGCCCGGAGAAGAGUCUUGAGGAAUAUUGCAGCCUUUUUGUUCCUCUGCAAUAUUUCGCUUUGGAUACCUCCUGCCUUUGGCUGCCGCCCCGAGUAUGACAACGGAUUGGAGGAAAUUGUCUUUGGCUUUGAACCCUGGAUAAUUGUGGUCAACCUGGCAAUGCCCUUUUCUAUUUUCUACCGAAUGCAUGCAGCUGCUUCCCUCUUUGAGGUUUAUUGUAAGAUAUAGUCUGUGUCCACAUGGACUGAGGAGAGAGCUGACAAGAGAGUUCAUUAGAACCACCUGGAAAUGGCCAGGUUGGGCAAA